AAACCUAGUUCCAUCAACAAACCUACGCCUGUUAGGUCAGCUGCUUCGGUAGAUAACGCCUAUUUUAUCAGAUGCUACCGAAAUAAAGCAAGAGGAUGUACCUCGAAUCCAACCUCAACCAUCAACACCAAUAGACAUGCUCAGUUUAAACCAGCCCCAACCCCAGCUGCCGGUGCAAGAUCCACAUGCCACUGUUAUGCCAACGAGUGACGCUAGUUUCGAUUUGCUUGGAGCAUUCGUGGAUGAUAAUUCAUCUGGCAUUGGCUCGGCUCCAAUACCUGAUAUUUUAGAAAUUAAUGUACAACCAACUUCAAAUGCCAACCUUGAUGAUAUCUUCGGCUCAGUUGGUUCAUCGGCGCCGAAAACCAACCUGGAGUUUGAUAGUGUUUCUGUACACCAGCCGACACCGACUAGUGCAAACACUUCAGCGACGACUAAAGUAAUCCCAACCUGGUGUACUAGUUGGUGUCAUAGUUAUUUUUCUUCUCUGUUUUUGGAAGCUAGUGCAAUGAGGAUAUUAUAUACAUAUACGUGCAGUAUAUUAUAUUUUCAUUUAUCCACUUGUUAAGUUUAACUAUAACGAAGCAAAAUGAUGUGUAAAAUCAAGUAAUUGCUAUUAAAUCUAAGUAAAAAAAUUAUAUAAUUUAAAUGAUAAUUAUUAAAAAGAUACAUACAUACAUAUAUACGUUAAGGACAUAAAUAUAUAUAGGAUAUAAAAUUUUAAUCUCUUUGUCAACUUAAUUGCGGCCCUGAAAAGGGUUUCUUGUUGAUUGGUAUAUAUGUAUUUAUCUAAGCAUAAAAUUUUAAUCUCUUUGUUAAUUAAUUGGCGGCCCUGAAAAGGGCCUUUGGAUAAAUCAUAUUACUUGCCAGCAAAUAAAUAAGUUUAUAUUUGUAUAAAAUA